AUGGAGCAGAAAGUCACGGUUCUCUACGGCCAGGACGACUUCUCACUGGAAUGUCUGGCCUACGGAAACCCCAAGCCUCGGAUCCGCUGGCGGCGGAAGGAUACAACCUUGUACUGGGAGAACCCGCUCCGGUUCCACCGGGUACGCUACGACGUGGAGGGGACGUAUCAGUGCGUGGCGACCAGCGAUGGCUUCCCGCAGGCUAUCAGAGAUGCAGACGUUGACGUCGUCGGAAGACCCAUCAUGGUGGGGAAGCGGGCGGGCAGCAUGAUGUCGGUGAUAUCUGGUGGGAUAGCGAGGCUGUCGUGUGACGUCAUCGCGGACCCCCUCGGGGAUAAGAUAGUGUGGAUCUGGCGCGGCACCCAGGGACAGGAGAAGGAACUACGGUCCGGACACAACGGCAUGGCCAUCGUGGAGACUAAGGGCGGCCAGAGCAAGUCUUCAGCACUCACCAUCUCCAUGGUGUCAAAGGCACACGAAGGAACCUACACGUGCAAGGCUUCCAACAUGUUCUCAACGGUACAGAGGGACAUCAAACUUGAAGUGAAAGAGACGAGCAAGACGCUGUUUAUCACCAUCGUUGUGGCAGUCUCGGUGACUGUUCUUGCCGUCAUUGCCGUGAGUUGUUUACUAAUCACCAAACGACGAGGGCAGAGACACAACAAGAACCGCCCAGCACUAAGAUUAAAAGAAGCAUCUCGCCCGAUGCCACCAGUCCCGAAGUACGUCAAACAAACCGGCACCAUUGACUCCGGUGUGGAGGACCUGGAGCUACAGGAGAUGGACGGCACGCUCAAACCGCGGCCUCCGCGCAGAGUGGACAAGACAGACUGGACAUCAGUGGGCCUGACCUACUCCGAUUAA